CCAGCCUGCUGGGAGGAAGGGGAAGGGGGAGUAAGCAGCGCUAUUGCCCUUUUAAGUGAGCGGGUGGGUGUAGAAGGCUGGUACAAAGGGAGCUGCCGCCGCGUUCGCCGUCUCCCAGCCGGCUGGGGCUGCCCCGGCCCCUCCCGCCAUCUUCCGCCCCGCAGGCGCGGCCGGGGCCAGGGUCGGGCUGGGCUGAGGGAGGCGGCGGCAGCACAGCGGGUGAGGCGGCGCAGGCCCGGGCCCGGAGAUGAGGCCAGGAUGUCGGUGUCAGGGCUCAAGGCCGAGCUGAAGUUCCUCGAGUCCAUCUUCGACAAAGACCACGAGCGCUUCCGCAUCGUUUCCUGGAAACUGGACGAGCUCCACUGUCAGUUCGUGCUUCUGCCGCCGCCGCCAGGCUCCAGCCCGCAGCCGCCGCCGCCGCUCACCAUCCACUGCAACAUCACGGAGUCUUAUCCCUCUUCUUCACCAAUAUGGUUUGUAGAAUCAGAUGACCCAAACCUAACUUCAGUCUUAGAGCGUUUAGAAGAUAUAAAGAAGAGCAAUACUCUGCUUCUUCAGCAGCUGAAGCGAUUAAUAUGUGACCUCUGCAGAUUAUAUAAUCUUCCUCAGCAUCCAGAUGUCGAAAUGUUAGAUCAGCCAUUACCAGCUGGACAGAAUGGCACAACAGAAGAUGUUACAUCAGAGGAGGAGGAGGAAGAAGAUAUGGGUGAAGACAUUGAAGAUCUGGAUCACUAUGAUAUGAAGGAGGAAGAACCUGUUGAUGGGAAGAAAUCUGAGGAUGAAGGCAUUGAGAAGGAGAAUCUUGCAAUCUUGGAAAAAAUCAGAAAAAAUCAAAGGCAAGACCACUUAAAUGGUGCAGUCUCUGGGUCAGUUCAGGCUUCAGAUCGACUUAUGAAAGAACUCAGGGAUAUAUAUAGAUCGCAGAGUUACAAAACAGGCAGAAGAAAAUAUUCUGAAUACGAUGGUGGAAGAAAUAGAUCUUCAAUGGGAGUUGAUAAUGAGAAGGUUCUGAAUGUCAUCUCUUCUGUUGUCACUUCAGAGCAGUACAAACAGAGAUUCUUAAUUUGGAUAUAUUCAGUGGAACUGGUAAAUGACAGUUUGUAUGAAUGGCACGUUAAGCUUCUGAAGGUUGAUCCUGAUAGCCCACUGCACAGUGAUCUUCAGGUCUUAAAAGAAAAAGAAGGUGUAGAAUACAUUUUACUCAACUUCUCUUUUAAGGAUAACUUCCCUUUUGAUCCUCCUUUUGUGCGAGUGGUAUCUCCUGUGCUUACAGGAGGGUAUGUCCUAGGUGGAGGUGCUUUAUGCAUGGAACUUCUUACUAAACAGGGCUGGAGCAGUGCCUAUUCAAUAGAAUCAGUCAUCAUGCAGAUCAAUGCCACUUUAGUCAAAGGAAAAGCCAGAGUACAGUUUGGAGCCAAUAAGAAUCAAUAUAAUCUAGCAAGAGCACAGCAGUCCUAUAAGUCACUAGUACAAAUACAUGAGAAAAAUGGCUGGUACACUCCUCCAAAAGAAGAUGGCUAAUAUUGAGGACUGUUGUAUACCUGGACCAAUGUUGAGAAAACAAGCUCUUUUUUAUGUUUUCCAACACAGACUCAAGCUUUGAGUGCCCCUAUAACAGCUGUACUGAAGACUUUAGCUAUUAGAUAAGUUAGUGGAUAAUCUGUCAACUGACACUUAAAGUAUAAGUUACAGCCUUACCAUUCCGCUCUUCUUAGGCAUCUGGACUGAGCAGUUUGGGCAUUUACCAGUUUUGUUCUUACAGAUUAAUAAGUGUAUUUGGGCCAUGCCCUCUCUUCUGCCCUUGUUUGUUUUUUUUGUAUUUGAAAGCAUAAGCUCCCUACAGCAGGCUAUGAAGUUGCUCAAGACCACUCAAUAGGAGCGAGUUCACACACUUGGUGUAUGUCUUACAUACAAUACGUGGACCGCAAAGACUUGCGUUGCAUAAUUUCACUUAAAGCCAGGAGGUUUAAGGCAUUGUUUAAUAUUGUUUCAGGAACUGUCAGGUCUUGCGCAUCACAGUAGGGGGUUGUGUAUUUUUUUUCUGGUCUAAAAUGACAGCGUUUGUAAUAUUUCCAAAGUAAUGAUUUAGGAAAAACUCAGAUAUGUUAAGUCAUUAAACAUUUUUCAUGACUGUAUGAGAAUAUGAACUAUUCCUUGGGAAAGAUGCUUUUUCUUGAGUUGGUUUUUUUUGGUUGUUGUUUUGCUUUGGUUGUUCUGGGGUUUUUUUUCCUUAAGUAGAACAAGGCUGUGCCAAUAAAAUCUUGUAACUAGUCACUUCCACUGGGGCAUCAGAACUUGCUGGGCUGUUCCUGCUACUGGUUGGCUCAACCUCCUUAACAAGAAGAGCCACAGUAUGAAGCUUGAAGUUAUUUAAAAUACUAAAAACCUUUCUAGGUGUUCCAUUUUAUUAACGGGUUGUUGCAAUCAUUUGUAAACUAAUGAACUUAUAAAGUGAUUGGCACAAAUCAAUGAAAAUCCUUGAGUGAAAUCUUUUUAUAUGGAAGCUACAAUACAGUACAAAAACCAUGUCAUCUGAUUCAGAGGUUAAAGAAAUGCUGCCAACAGUCAUGAUGGUGGUUUUGUUGUUAAAAGACUAAUGAGAACUGUUGUUUCUUUAUUAGGGAAUGAAUCUGGGUCUGUGUAAUUACACUAUACUUCAUUGCCUUACCGAAAUCGAUUCUAUUUUGGUUGUAGUACUAGUCAUUAGGCCUUUGACCCCCUCUGGGGCUGAGCUAAGGGUGUGUACCAUGAAUUAAGCACUUUUUAGAAGCGCAGAAGCAUGUUUUUGUUAUGGUUCUUUAGUUGACUAUCAAACUUGUGCUCUCUUCUCUGUCCAGCACUCGCGCGUCCUUGUGCAUUUGCUUCUAGAUCCAGUUUUUAGCUCGAAAGAAACGUUUGGGGAGGUUUAGCACUACUUCCACUACGUAUUGUUUGAAAUGUAGGGUGGGUGGCGUCCCGGCCUUUCUGCUUGCGUGGUUGUAGCGGUGUUUGUCGAGGCCCUGGAGCCGGCGCUGGAGGAUGGCGGCCGGUGAGGUGGCCCCGCGGCCGCAGCCCGCCCCGCACCUCGGCGCAUGCUUUGGUUUGGGUUCCAUUUCUCAUUGCAGAGUUACUUGGCAAUGUACAGUAAUUUGUAAACUUGCAUCAAGUUUAUGAAUAAAAACCAUUUUAAGAA